CAGAGCUACUGCAAGGAAAUCAGGAAGAAUGGUGGCGUCAACAGACUUAGCAGAACAGUCCAAACCAACCGCUGGAAAUAGGGUAUCCAAACCACUCAUGGAAAAGAAACGAAGAGCUCGCAUAAACAAGAGUCUGGACCAGUUAAAAUCUCUUCUGGAAAGCUAUUACAGCAGCAAUAUUCGGAAGCGCAAACUGGAAAAGGCCGACAUAUUGGAACUUACUGUCAAACAUUUAAGGAACCUCCAAAAGAUCCAGAGUUGUGCUGCUGCUCAUGCUGCUUCGGAGUUUUCCGAGUACCAAUUUGGCUUCCGUGGUUGCUUGGCAAACGUCAACCAGUACUUGCUGAUGGCAGACAACCUGAAUGGCAGUGACCGCUGGAUGUUAUCGCAGCUUUCCAGCAAGCUGCGCCGCUCUCUGGGACCGCAUGAAGCAUCCAGCACCAUGGACAGCGGCCUCGACAGGGUUGAAACUCGAGAUGAGGCGCGGAGGCUUCUUGCCAGUGACGCUGGACCCGAGGAGAGAAACACCAGCAAAUCUAAUGUUACCAACAAGUCUCGUUGUCUAAGUGAAGAAGCGCAGCAGUCAAUGGGAAACAGAGAGGCUGCAGCCCCCGCACAACAUCCUCAUGAAAACAGUUCCAGUUGCAAAACGUUUCAUUCUGCCGAUCAAGGCCACGAAGAGGCAAACACUCAGUACAGCGUCUGGCGGCCUUGGUAGAGCCAUGAACAAGCGAAACUGUACCCGAAUUAUGUUUAAAAGUGCACUGUAUAUUUCCACAAUACUUUAUAGGCUAUAAUGUAUAUAUUUUAUUUUCUAAAUAAAACUUUGUAUAAAGAAUAUGCUUUGUUUAUUUACAUACAUGAUAAGUGGGAAUUGUUGAAUGUUGGAUAGUGAUUGGGAAAGGUUUGGGUAUUACUAACUAAUCAGCAGAGCUCACAAGUAUCUGUGAAAACUGCUAUUUUGUUAUUGGCUCAGCCAAAGCAGUUCUGUGUUGUUACUGCUGAACAAAUUUCCCUACAAUGACUCGACAGUAAUAAAAGUGACGGA